AAUAAGUAGGUUUAACGUUGGAGUGCUUAGAAUAAACUGAAGAAAUAAUGUGAACAAACAUUGAAGAAGAAUGAGGAGGAGGUCGCAUAGCCCAAGUGGAUGGCUGGAUGCAACUUUGUUACCAAUACUUUUCAAUGACCUUCUGGCUAAAUUACACGUUCGGUCACUCAAAUUAUAUGAAAUUUUCAGUUUUGCCACCCGAAUUACUUUUCUGUCAUAUUAGCCACUAACUUUACUAUUGUUUUCACCAUUAGUCACCAACCGUUAGUUUCCGUCAAACUCCAUUAACACCGUUAAAUUUUUAAUGACGUGGCAAACUGAAAUGCUGACAGAAUAGUUAACUUAAUGACAUAGCAAUUUAAAAAAUAUAAAAAUAAAAAUCAAUAACGAAUGGUUCUACACCUCCCCCCCCUUCUCUCAGCAAAAAGCAGAACCAGGAGAAGAAGAAACAAUUACGUGGCUGGUGAUGACGAAAUCAACCUCAAUGAAUCCAAGGCAGAGGGUGGUUCCGCUCAACACCUGGGCACUAAUCUCCAACUUCAAGCUAGCUUACAACCUCCGCCGCCGCCACGACGGAGGCUCAUUCAACCGCGAGUUCUCCGAGAUCGAAAGGGAAGGAAGUGGAGAGGAAAUUGGCGGAGGAGAACCCCAAUCCCAAAUCCGACAUAACCCCAGUCCGUCGUCCAGAUUUCCACCUCCGAAAAGAACUAUAGCCCCGUACCAAUAUUCACCUUCGACAAAAACCCAGUACCCUGUCGACCUUGGAGCGGCGACGGCGGUGGGUGAAUUGGAGAAGGCACAAUCGAUUGGAGCUCAAUUUGCUAGGUUCGGCGCCGCCGCAAUCUAUUACUUCCUCACAGGUGAUACCGGUUCGAGCCGUUCGAGCUUCUUGUUCGGGAACUGCAGUGACGAUCUUGGCCCCAGAAUCUUCGGCCUGUUUUGCGAUACUGGAAUGAGUGGUGACGGGAAGCACGGGUUCCUUCCACGACGACGGUGGUUUUUGUCGAAGUGGAGGAAAGACGGCGAAUUGGAAUUUGGAAGGGGUUGAGUUUAAUUUUGUUUUCUUUUUAGUCCUUACAAUAUAAAUAAAAGAAAAUUAAGUAACAUGUUUUGGUCAAUUUGGUUGGGUGAGGCAGAUUUGGUGGUCAACUUGCAUGACUUCUUCUUUUUAUCAGUCUAGUCAGCACUUCCGUUUGCCACGUCAUCAAAAUUUUAACGGAAUUGACGAGUUUAACGGAGAUUAACGGUCGGUGACUAACGAUGAAACGAAUCGUAAAGUUAGUGGCUAAUAUGAAAGAAAAGUAAUUCGAAUGACAAAAGUGAAAGAUUUAUAUAAUUUGAGUGACCAAAUGUAUAAUUUAGCCAUAACCUUCUGUUCAAAUUUGGUGUGCACAUUUUGCGCUACUAGUUUGUGGGGAUAACAUAAAAUAGCGAAUCAUCUCAUCUUAAAAAUUGAGAACCCGCAACAACAAGUACCUAGAAGUAAUUAAGUGAAUCGAUAUCAUUUAGAACAACCGAUAAAGGAUCCUCGUUUAU